AGCCCCGCGGCUCUUCUGCCGGAAUGCCCGUGCGGAGGCUGCUGCCAUCCCCGCCUGCGUUAUAAAGACACGGAGCGGCUGGGAGAGCUAGACAAGCCCGCGAUGGCUUCCAAAGACGCCGCAGCCGCCUCCUGUUUCGUCAAUGUGAGCAAGGAAAUUACAGACAGCAUCAGGAGGGUGAUCGACAAGCCGUCCAUCAAGUUCAUCCGGAGCAUCAAGCUGGACACGAAAAGUGGCAGAUCAGAAGACAGGAUUUUGGUCUUCACUACAUGGCGUCUCUACUUCCUUGUCCCCAAGGUGCCCGCUAAGGUGGAGGCAACUCUUAACUUCCUGGAGAUCCGUUCCAUGAGCACCGAGCCGAAGAACAAGGUCGUCAUAGAGACGGACAAGUCCACAUUCUGCUUCAGGCUGCAGACUCCGGACCACCUUGAGAAUGUGGUCACCCACGUCAGCUUUGCCCUGUCCCAGAUAUUCAACAACUCCAUGUUUGCUCCAUCCAUCUGUCUGUCGCAAGGGGACCCCUCUGAUGGCAGCAAGAAGUUCUCCCCGAAUUCGGAAACCUCCGUGGAGACACAGAGAGCCUGUGGCGGGUUCUCAGAGACGUACGCCGCCCUGUGCGACUACAACGGCAUCUGCUGCAAAGAGGAAGUACAGUGGGACGUGGACACCAUCUAUCACUCCCAAGACAACCGGGAGUUUAACCUGUUGGACUUCAGCCACUUGGAAAGCAGGGACCUGGCCGUGAUCGUGGCGUCCAUAGCCUACAACACCUGGUUCACCAAGCUCUACUGCAAAGACCUGCGAAUAGGCUCGGAAGUGACGGAGCAGGUCCUGCACACUCUCAGCAAGUCCAGUAGUUUGGAGGAGAUCACGCUGGACAAUGCCGGCCUCAAACCAGACUUCCCUCAGAAGAUGGCUAUUGCUUUAUCGGAGAACCCAGCUUCAGUCAUUCAUUCUCUCAGUCUGGCUAACAACACCCUGGACAAUCAAGGAGUCUCCAACCUCAUCCAGCAAGUCUGCCGCCUCAGCAAAGGCCUGCGUCUGCUGAACCUCUCCAAGACCUCUCUCUCCUCCAAGGGUGUGGUGUGUCUGUCCCAGGCUCUCAGCUCCAGUGAUGAUUACUCCAACUCCCUGCUCCACCUAGACCUCAGCAAGAACCCCGGAGUGCUCUCCGGAGAAGAUGCCACGAACCUGUACCUCUUCCUGGCCCAGCCCAACUGCCUGGUUCAUUUGGAUCUUUCCGGAACCGACUGCCUUGUGGACUCGCUGUUUGGUGCUCUGCUCAGGGGAUGCUGUGCGGAUCUGUCCUACCUGAACCUAUCCAGGAACUCCUUCUCUCACAAGAAAAUGCGGGAGACCCUGCCCCUCUUCCGGCAGUUCUUCAGCUCUGCUUUCAGCCUAACGCAUGUCAGCCUGGCGUCCGUGAAGCUGCCAGCGGACGCGCUGAGAACUCUGUUCAUCGGGCUGUCAUUGAACCCCCACAUCACCGAUCUGCACCUGGACAUCAGCGGCUGUGAGCUUAGGUCACCAGGAGCAGCUGUGAUAAGCGAGUUGUUUCCCAGGGUGACCUGCAUAAGCGCACUUGACAUAUCAGACAAUGGACUGGAUGGCGACCUCCUGUCUGUCCUUACGGCCCUCUCCCGCCACCCCUCCCUGAAGCACCUCCUGCUGGGCAAGAACUUUAAUGUCAAGAGCAGGGUGCUGGAUGAGAUCCUGCAGAAACUGGUUCAGCUCAUACAGGAAGAGGAGUGUGGGCUCCAGUCUCUCUCGCUGGUCGACUCCCGGCUUCGGUCACGCGGCGCUGUGCUUGUCAACGCCCUGGGCAGCAACACCUGCCUGCGCAAGGUGGACCUGAGUGGGAACAGCUUAGAGGACAUCGGGGCCAAGAUGCUGAGCAAAGCCCUGCAGAUCAACACCACAAUCAGGAGUGUGACGUGGGACCGAAAUGGGACCUCGGCGGCCGGAUUUCAGGACGUGGCCCGAGCCCUGGAGCACAAUUUCACGCUCCAGUACAUGCCCCUCCCACUCAGUGAUGUCACGCAGGCGUACCGCAGCGCCCCCGAGAGGACGGAGCAGGCGCUGACCAAGAUCCAGCGUGCCCUGCUGAGGAACAACCAGACCCAGCGUUUCUCACAGAAGCAGGCACUCCGGCUGCACCAGGGCCUGGUCACCAGCACAGCUGAGCAGGUGAUGGAGCGCCUCUGCGUGCGUGUGCAGCAGCAGGUCUGCAUCCUGCGGGGGGUCACUGACAGUGAGGAGCUCCAAGCUGCCCGGCAGGUGCUGAAGGAGGCGCGCAACUCCCGCGCGCUGUAUCCCUCGCUGUGCGAGCUCGCCCAUGUUCUCUCCGUGGACGGGCCGGUCCGGCAGAGGUUGGACUCGCUGGCCGGUGAGCUGGCGAAGGCCGCGGACAAGGAACUGCAGGUGAUUGUGGACUCCAUGGUGUCCCUUUGCCGGGAACUGUGCCCGUUGUCGUCCGCGGCGGCUGAGCACCUGACCCCGCCGCUGUCCUCGGUGGCGGAGAGAGUGUCGGUGCCGCGCUCGGCCAUCCGCACAGCGCUGAUGGAGCGGGCGGCUCAGGACGUGCACCGGGCCCUGGAGGAGGUGAAGCUGUCCGUGGUCUCCUACCUCACCAACUCCAUCGUGGAUCAGAUCCUGCAGGAGCUGUACGCCACUCACAAGACCCUGACGCACCAGGUGUCCCAGCUGAAACGCUGGGAUGGGGACGGAGGGACAGGUAAACGCUCAUACCGCCACCGUGACUCCAUGGACAUCACCGACGAGGAGUUGGGCACCAGCAUUGACACCAUCGCUAUUAAGAAGCGCAGUUCCAGGACCCGACGGAUUCGCCCUGUUUCCACAAGGCUGAGUCUGGGGGACGACUCCAGCUCCUCUCCCCCCUCCACGGCCCCCCCUCUCUCCGCCCCCAUGUCUCACGCCACCUCCUGGGAGUGUCUGUCGGACCUGCCCACCCAAGGCGCCCCCCUGCAUCACGUGACCAGGGUCAGGCCGAGGCCGCCCCGCAGGCACCGCAGGGGUCAGCCCCCACCGGACACUCAUUGUACGGAAAAUGGGGCAGUGACUCCUCUUGAUGAUGGACUUCCUGAUUUUUACACCAAGAGGGUGCUGCCUGACAGUCAGCUUUCGUCUGUUCAUCAAGCCCAGUCCAUCAGAAGAAAGAAGAGGCGGAAUGUGCUGUCCAUCUUUGGUUUCCGUAGGAACCGCAACUCAGCCCUGUCCAAUCUCGGGGCGGAGACUGCUGAAAUGGGAGGGCCCACUGGGGAUGAUGGCUCACCUAUGGUGCCGGCGCCCAUCAAGACUGCCAUGGAGAACGUAUAUACCUUUUUUAAUCCCCCAGUGGAUGCUGGGAAGUCUGCAAAGGCGGCGGAUGGGAAAAUAGAAGAGCAGAGUAGAUGGAAUCCCACGAGCCAAUCAGGGCCUCAGCCCCUGCAGAGCAUACCAUUUCUGGGGGUGGCUGGAAGUGAACCCUCCCACUUCCCAUCAAGAAAGAAAUCAGAAGGCGGGCAGGAGAAGGAGCGAUCGCCCGAGAGGAGCGUGACGGAGCAGAGGGCUCGCCGGGCCGCGGAGGAUAGGAUCCGGGACAGGCAGACCGGGCACGGAAGCCAGGCCGAGCAGCAGGUCCCUCGCUCGCACUGUCAGGACGAGAGGCCCGAGGCCCCGGUGGACCCGUGUGUGGACAGACGGUCACGAUUACCACUGCAAGAAGGCAUGCUGGAGGAGCCGCUCAUGGAGGAAUAUCACAGUCCUGCCCAGUGUGGGACGAAACCGGAACCCCCUCCCCAGAGAACCAAACCGUGCCUAAGUACCAUGACACAGCGCCACUUACAGGACAGCUCCGACCUACCUGCGGAGGAGGACGUGUUGGGUUACAAAGAGGAGGAAGCCAAUACACAGGAGAAGAAAGGGACGAAUGAAGAGGGUGAAAGAGGAACAGAAACCAAGAGACAAUCUUCCCCCGUCGCUGAAAAGCCCACAGACCAGCCAGUCAGUAGCGACACGCCUCCUACUGUGACCCCUCCGAAGGAAACAGCCAGUGAGAAGAAGGUUCGCCCCCCCGUGCCUCCCGCCUCCUCCAAGCCUAUGCUCGGAUUGGCUGAUACGGCUGCCAGUCUAGGCGAGGACGCGAUGAAAGCUUCAGCCCCAAUGAAGCCACAGAGAAACAGGAAAGCCUUCUCCUGUGAAACAGGCAUGGAGAGGGACAGCCCGGGUAUCGUGGAAAGGCCCUCAGACCGCAAGCCACCUGUGAAGAAGCCCAGGCUGCCCCAGAGCAGAAAUAGGUCACUGGACAGCCCCGGCAACGGGAAUUCAGAAUCUGGCAGCAGCGAGGUGUCAUGACGACAGCGGAGGCCGGCGACAGUUCCCAUGACAACUGUGUGAUAUUAUGUUGCACCGGAGGAGGGAGAUAAAAGGAGCGAUGGGAAAGAAAUGGUGAAAGAGAGAUGGAGAGACUCAGUGCUCCCUGUGAACUCAAGCCAAUGCUCUGCAGGAGGAAGAACGAAUACUAGUAAUUACCUGUUUACCGUUAGCUUUAUUCAUCAUAAAAGUAUGCAUUAAUGUGUAACUGUACGCGCACACUUUCACACCUACAUUCGUCCCCGCCAUGUGCUGGCCUUUUAUGGGUCUUCUAUCACAGGCCCCCCGCACCUUCACAUUUCUGUCAGUGUGGGAACUUCCCAUACGUUCUGUAUGUUUCAGUUUUAGUGCCGUCAAUGAUUCCUAGCCCCACCGCAGCAGCAUUAAAAACGAACAAAAGCCAAUGACGAGCAAUCUAGUCAUUUUAGUGUCUUAAAAUCCCGGACGAAGCUCGUUGCUUGUUCUUCAGGAAUCCCUCUGUCUACGAAUGUCUGUUUUCCGGAGGUCGUCUUUGUUUACUCACAAAGUCCUUCACACAGACACACACACACACACACACAGAUACAAUGCAAUGUUGACCUUUGAGACCCGACCUUUGGGUUUUUAAUGGAAAAGUGGUCACUGAUUUUUGCGCUGGUCAGCUGGGUGAGUCUGCUCCAUCGGGCUGUAGGGGGCGCCGUAGUGCUUCAGGCUUUCAGCUCUUUACUGGCAUUUGCUUCUGCACUUUCGCACCUUCCUGCUGUCCAAGGACAACCUGUGACACUGUACAGAUCCUUCAGUUACUAUGCUGUAAAUAUUUAAUAAGAAUUUACCAAGUCUGCACUUAAAAAUAUUUUAACAAUCAUUUUAAGAUUAUUAGUAUUAUUCUUGUUAUUGGGUUUGCUUUGAUACAGUAUUCAUUAGUUCCAGUGUUCAUAUAAUUUUACUUAGUUUAAAUUGAGAAUUUCAUUGUUUAACAAAACUGGUUUUGAAUUCUUUGGUCUUUCUUGCCUUGAAAUCUAAUAUAUUUUGUAAAAGCCAGUAUAUGAAUAUGAAUUUGAAAGAAUAAAGGAAGACUGUGCUGAAGGUGAA